UGCCAAAUCUAAACAAAAGCGGCAGUCUAGCUUGUUUUGAAAUAAGUGACUGUUGGGAAAUAUAAGUUCUUUAUGUUGUAUAUCUAGACAAUAAUUGAAAAUAAUUUUCAAAAGGAAGUGACACUUGCACGCAAAUUCAGUUUGAUUUCUAUUUUAAAUUCAUGGAGGUUUCGCAAAGUUAGCAGUAAUGCUUUAAAAAAGUUACGAUUCCUAAAUCCUGAACUUCCUUCCUGUUUCAUUCUGUCCAUUUCCAUUCUGUGUCUGUCCAUCGUCUGGAGUGCCGCUUCCCGCUCAAUUCGCGUUGCAUUUUAUUUACGCGAAUUUUGAUUAAUGUGAUUACAUUUCAUUCAUAUAUCAAUUACAAGAGUUCUGCUCGGAAAUAACAAUCAAUACAAACACUCCUUUAUUUGAGUCGGUGAAAGGAAAAAUAAAUAUUUGGAACUAAACAAGGUUUUAAAAAAACUCAAGUUUCCAAUGGAAGGAGCCACUGCCAGUCCAAGAAAAUCUUCGAAACGCACAUCGGAGCCCGUCGACGAAUGGUUACAUAAUGAGGGGUUCUUUAGGAAACACUGUCCUAAGGACCCUACCUGUUUAUUUCGGGCUGUUAGUGAACAAGUCUAUUUAACACAACAUUUUCAUAUUCGCGUCAGGAACGAGUGUAUUGAUUUUAUGAGAAAAAAUCGGCAACUGUUCGAGGAGAAAAUCUCCAUCCCAUACGAUAAUUAUCUCGAACAAAUGGCUUGUUUUACUGAAUGGGGCGGAGCUCACGAAAUCGAGGCAAUGUCUCUUAGGUACGAAAGAGAUAUUAUAGUUUUUGAUGGCCAUACCUUGACUAAAAACUGUGUUACCAAUUAUGGAUCCAGUAAAUUCAUUUACCUGUGCUCUACUUUGCAAAAGCAAUACGAGAGUGUUUACACUCAGGAAUUCAUUUCCACAGCCGCUUUCUGCCAAUCAUUAGUAUAUCAGUCUUUAUAUAAGGACGUUUUUAAGAUGGAAAACGUCGAUGAUACUGUACAUAAGAUGCUUCAUGAUAGGACCCACUCCUUUAGACAUGAAAAGUUUUUUUCCAAAGGGAACUUGGACAAUAGAGAAACUCUAACAGCAGAGUUACUGUCUAAAAUGGAGGAAGGAUUCACUGAAACCGACGAAAUGAAGAUGAUUAAUAAGGGACAUACUCCAUUUCCUUAUCGUGUUGCAAAAGCCCUAGAUCCUGACAUUUACCGAAAUACCGAUUUCGAUAUAUGGCACGAAAUCAGACGGGAAGUGAAAAAUUCCGGAUGGACUAAAUUCAAUGGAAUGGAGUUCCAAGUUGGCGGGAAAUGUUUAGUGGAUUUAAAUAUAAAGCCGGAUGACCUUGCCAAUAACAACGACCUAAGCCACUUGGUCGAAAAUAAAAACGAAUUCAGUGACGAAAGGGCUUCAGGUGGAACGGAAAAGAAAGACUCAAUUCUCUUAAGUGGACACAUUCAAGAAAUGACGAAAAAUGAAGGACCUGUUGUGGUUUUUAUUCUUGAACUUGGAGAAAAGAGGACCGUUCCUUACUCUUCAUUGCGACCCAUACCGGUAAAGAAAGUUAAGCCAAACGGACCCAUUACAACUCCAAAGAAAAAUUCGACCCUCGAACAAAGCCCUAAGUUUAAAAAAUCCUGGUCUCCAACAAUUCGAAAAAGCAAGGAUCAAGUAAACGGUAUUCCUCUACCCCUGACUUCUGAGAGAAACGCCAAUAAACCUACUUCCAAAAAGAACGACAAUGGAACGAAGUGGGCCAACGAAUUUAGCGAAAAUAACAAAGCUACAUUUGGAAAGCAAUGUACGGACAAGAUUUCACCCACUGAAGAUUAUACUGCUGAUCUCGAUUUUUCUGAUGAAGCAAAGAAUGUUAUUCCUUCAUACAACGAAGCGAUUGACGAGAACUUAAAGAAGUCCACUCCUCCAAGUGCAUUACCUGCAACUGGUUCAGGAAAUAGUUUCCAAAUUCCGCCUCAGCAACAGAACACGACCUACUUUCUUCCUACCACAGAAAAUAACAACUAUCCAAUGUACCCGUACUGUGAAAUGCUCCCUAACGUCGGUUACCUGCUGGACCAAGCGAAUCAACCGAUAAAUCUGUCUGUUUGCAAAAGUAUUGAUGCGAAUUGUAGCGAUUUACCAUUUUCCGAUCUUCAAUCUCUGAGGUUCUUCUACAACUUGGGAUUACAGUAUUUUCAUGCCAUAAACUGGCUUUGUGGGCCGAAUCCGCCACCAGUUGUCAGUGCACACUACUUUUCUACAGAAGAUUCUGCUGGGCAGAAACCUGAUAGCAUUCUCGGAUCUCAAGUAAGCCAAGAAGACAUGACUCAGAUUGCCAACAGCAUGCACCAGAAAAACGUCCUUAGGUCGAAAAAGGAUCACUCGGAAAACGGAGGAAAAGGAUCUUCGAUUCAGAAGCCAACAAAAAAUGCUAACGUUCGCUUUAACGGAAUCCAGGAACCUCAGGUGCAAAAUAAUUCUCACAAAGGUGGCAAGGAUUGCAACAAAAAUCCGCAGUUUUCAAGCAAUGAAAGAGUCAAGGAACACGUCAACGCACUUAGAGAUGCUCAACGUAAUCCUCGAAAUGGCUUAGCACCUCGCUUCAAAAGAUGCAUCGAUGGUCGAAAUCGCAACUUCACUCAACCUUCAAGACGCAGCCAGCAGCGUGAAGUGGAUUUCCAUCAUGGAAACCGCUUUCCUGGAUCGAAGAUAGAUGGACAGGGAAAGCAGUAUGAAAGGAAUAGCGGAGUGCAGGGAAGUCGCCAGAAUCAGUUUCCUCACCCGGUGUCGAUGCAGUCCAACGGCCCUCCUUACCAGUACCCGCAGCAGAACCAGCCUCCGGUUUACCAGCAACCGAUGUGCAACGAGGCCGAACCUUACUGUCAAGGGAAUCCAGGAUUGAUACCAAUCCCCUAUAUUCAGCAAGUAGAUUCUGGGGAUAACAACGCGAAUCCGUUCCCACCAAUGGUUUACACGGGAAUCGACAACUAUCCACAAGCCUACGUUCCCUAUUAUCCGCCCUACGCUUACCCACCCCAAACUGUUUAUCCUGGUAUGGCAGCGGCUAAUACCCAGGAAAGCUGGUACCAGUUCCCUGGCCAUUCGCAUUACAUUCCUUCCUGUGUGCAGUUUAAUCCCUCUCCUGGAACUCCACCAAACGGCUCUAUGUAAAUUUGAUUUACGUAUGUAUAAAGUCGGAGAGAUAAAUGUAAAUUCGUUUUACAUAUUUUUGAUAAAUGAUGAAUAUUUAAAGGUGGUACUUGAUAGAUAAAUGUAAAUUGAUUUUACAUAUAAAUCAUGAAUAUUUAAGGUCAUAGUACUGCUAAAGAUUAAUUAAUACUAAUGUAAUUAACUUAAGGUCAAGUUACGAACUUCCUAAUCAUUUUUUGAUGCUGUUAACGUUACUAUUUUUGAUAUCACUUUUUCGGAAACACUUUUCACUGUUAUUUUCCGAAUAGAAUCAUUUCUAUUUAUAAUGACGUAUACUCGAUUAAUUUAACAACCGAACAUUAAUGUCAAUUUUACUUAUGUUAAUUUUUCACUU